GGAGCGGGACGCCCCCGCGGUGGCCGCCGGCGAGGCGAGGAGGAGGCGGAGGAGGAGGCGGAGGCGGCCGCCGGUCGGCGAGGCGAUGGCGUCGUACAUGGGCAGCCGGACCCUCAGCAAGGACGACGUGAACUACCGGCUUCACUUCCGCAUGAUCAACGAGCAGCAAGUGGAGGACAUCACGCUGGAGUUCUUCUACCGGCCGCACACCAUCACCCUGCUCAGCUUCACCAUCCUCAGCCUCAUGGCCUUUGCCUUCACCAGGGAUGAUUCAACCCCAGAAGAUAAUAUUUGGAAAGGCAUCUUGUGUGUGAUCUUCUUCUUUCUAAUCAUCAGUGUUUUAGCCUUUCCGAAUGGGCCUUUCACUCGCCCACACCCUGCAAUAUGGCGUAUGGUUUUUGGUUUGAGUGUUCUCUAUUUUCUGUUUCUGGCAUUCCUGCUCUUCCUUAACUUUGAGCAGGUGAAAUCCGUGAUGUACUGGCUCGAUCCUAAUCUCCGAUAUGCGACAAGGGAAGCAGACAUCAUGGAAUAUGCUGUGAACUGCCAUGUUAUUACUUGGGAGCGAAUCCUCAGCCAUUUUGACAUAUUUGCUUUUGGACAUUUCUGGGGCUGGGCAAUGAAGGCUUUGUUAAUCCGUAGCUAUGGGCUGUGCUGGACUAUUAGCAUCACCUGGGAGCUAACCGAGCUGUUCUUCAUGCACCUGCUGCCUAAUUUUGCUGAAUGCUGGUGGGAUCAAGUCAUUUUGGACAUCCUGCUAUGUAACGGGGGUGGCAUCUGGUUGGGCAUGGUAGUUUGUCGUUGGUUGGAGAUGAGGACCUAUCACUGGGCAAGCUUCAAGGACAUUCACACCACCACAGGUAAAAUCAAGAGAGCUGUGUUACAGUUCACUCCAGCAAGCUGGACCUACGUUCGCUGGUUUGAUCCCAAGUCUUCAUUUCAAAGAGUGGCUGGAGUAUACCUUUUCAUGAUUAUCUGGCAGUUGACUGAGCUGAACACAUUUUUCUUGAAACAUAUCUUUGUUUUCCAUGCAAGUCACCCCUUAAGCUGGGGUAGGAUCCUCUUCAUUGGAAUUAUCACAGCGCCCACUGUGAGGCAAUACUAUGCUUAUCUCACAGACACACAGUGCAAAAGGGUAGGAACUCAGUGCUGGGUGUUUGGAGUUAUUGGUUUCCUGGAAGCUAUUGUGUGCAUCAAAUUUGGCCAAGACCUCUUCUCCAAAACACAGAUAUUAUAUGUUGUGUUUUGGCUCCUUUGUGUGGCCGUAACUACUUUCCUUUGUUUAUAUGGAAUGGUUUGGUAUGCGGACCACUACGGACAGCGAGAAAAGACGCUGUCAGAAAGUGAAGACAGCUCAUACAUCCCAGAUGCUUCCUGGCUUAACUCUAAGUUUACUAGAGGAACGGAAGACAGUCCACCCAAACACUCCAGCAACAGCGAGAGCCAUUCAUCUAGGAGGAGGAAUCGCCAUUCGAAAACAAAAGUAACCAAUGGAAUUGGCAAGAGAUAGAGAGACAGACAAGAGAGGAGGAGAAAGAGAGAGAAUCAGUUUCUAGAUUUGUUCCAGAAGUGUGCCUCUGAGAGCAAAGAAGCAAAACUGGCCUGGUUCUGAACUCCCUGCUUGAAGGUCGACAAGAGAAUAGGCGGAGGAGACAGGGGGACAACAUCUUCAGCAACCAGAGUCCUUGGACCUUGUUAACAUGGAGCUCAUCCGUGUAUCGCAAAUCAUUCGCUGCCGUCACUUGCCAUCCAUUGGCUCAGAUCUUCUGCACUUGACACUCAAAACCGUAGUAAUAUGUUUAAAGGCAAAAUAGUUGCUUGUUCCUGAAGGGUUCCUGUGAUAGUCUUUGUUCAAGUAGUGUGUGGAUGCCUUCUGAAGGCCUUUCUUUAAUUGAGGACGAUAACUCCAAGUUAACUGGCAACCAGUUGUUGUUUUUUGUUCGUUUUUCAGUUGUGGGCUUUUUACAUUCUUGUUUGUUUUCAAAAGAACCUUUUUGACUGAAAGAUGCUCUGCCUUUGUUCUCAAUCUGACACCUAAGCUUUUCUGUUGAUUUUUUUCAGGAAAUCAACAGUUCCAUAUUUCAGUCAGCAGGGUGCUAAGUAUUAGAAAGUACGUUCAUGAUUUUGUUCAGGUCAUUUUUAUAAUUUUGUGAGCCUGCUAAAUGUUCAUUGUGUUCAUGACAUUCUGUUACACAAUCAGGGCUGUGUCGGCCCUUGGCAAGAAGACAGGCCCAGAGCCAUUGGCACAUACACACACAUAUAUAUUUAUAUAUUGUUUAUUUUCUAACAUCUCCGCUGUUUCCUGUAUGUUUAUCAUCACUUCAGCUCCAGCGUUCUUUUCUCUUUAAAGACCUAAGCUCCCAACAGCAGCAAAAUGAUCCAAAUUAUAAACCAAAAUUCAUGCUUAAAGCUUUGCAAAUCUCUGCCUGGCCUAACACAGCAGCUUACCCAUGGUUGAUACAAUGUUCUUUGUAUUAUUGUGGUGUAACAUUAAAAAAAACAACCCACAUUUAUACAAACUAACUCCACUUCUUCCAGGGGUCAGUUUUACAGAAUGCUUCAGCAGUUUUUGUUCCCUGGGUUGUUUUUUGAAUCCCCCCACCCAUUGGAAAAUUGGUCUCACGGCAUCAUUCCCAAGAAAUGAAAUAAUCAUAAAAAUGAAGUAUUGAACCCCAAAUCUUAAACUGUUGGGAUUAGGCCAGUUUUGCAUAGAUUCUGCUUUCUGUGUUUAGUUGGUCUUUAUUUGUGUGUGCCAAUCACGUUGUGGGGCUACUUACUCCAAAAGACAUGGCUAAGGUGACCGGUUAAGUGAGAACCCACAUCCUUUCCAUCACCCUUCAGCUGGGAAGAGCUGCUUGCUGUGAUAAUGUCAUGGGAUAUGCACUGCAAGAUAUGAAGCAUUGUCAAGAACUUCAGCGUACAAGCAAAGUGACUGUAAAUAGAAAAAAGACCACCAUAAUCCAUGACUUCUUAUGUGCCACAAAGGAUCAGCUUUUUGAAUGCGCUCACUAUGCAGCUGCUAAUCCAUGGAAAGCUCUGUUUUUCUUUUCAAUCAUGAAUGUGCAAACUCUUGCAUCAAAAGCUGCUAUAUCCUAUUUGCUGCAACUGUGCUAAAUGUUACCGGCCUGGGGAAAAUGUACAUGUCUGGAACUUUCCCUGUCGACAAAUGUUGGGUUUCUUGAUCAUAUUUUGAAAUAUGUGUACUUUUACAUCUGUGUAUUCUUAGCAUGCUGCAUAAUUUCCAAAUGUGUUGGUUUUUUGGUUUUGUUUUGGUUGAUGCUCAAGGUCACUUAGUUUUCUGUCUUAAUCCCUUUAGAGUCAGUUACUCAAGAGAGACCAAUGUGUAUGUGUGUGUUUUUCUAUUUAUUCAAGACCAAAGUCAGAAAAUGUUAAGGCUCUUCUGAAGGAACAUUUCACACUGUUUAGUGUUAAUAAUUCUCCCAAAGAGCCUGUCCUGUUUUGCAGAGCCUGCAACACGUAGAAAUAUGACUGCUGGAGUCAGUAAUAAAAUUCCCACUCACACUGGUAGAGACGCGGCCCUAGUUAUAAUACAGUGCUGCCAAAAGCCAUGUUUGUCAGCUGAAACUAGUGCUCACAUGCACAGUUAAUUAUAUCCAUAGAUAGAGUGCACAUGCAGAUCUUUGGCAAAAAUCAGUGUUAAUAUUUUACUGUGGCUGGAAAACAAUGCACCUUGUGUUCACUGGGGCUUUUCAGCCUCUCUCUUCCAGCAGUAACUCCCUGACACACGCUUAGCACACACACACCCCUUCCCCAAAUGCUGCUCCGAAAAGUCUAGGGACCCUGUGAAGUAGCAUCCCGUGGAGGCUGGACUGCUGUUGGAAGGGGAAGCCAACAUCAUAAACAUAAUCUGUGCGCACACAGAUUUACUUUAGACACACACUUUGAAUCCUGGGCUGUGUACUUUUUUCCAUUGAGGAAUUUAAAAAUACUUUGCAUGAGUGAACUCGGAAGGUGGACAGUCUUUAAUCCCCAUAGAAAGGAAAGCAUCCUAUACGAAUGUUGUUUCCAUAUUGAUAAAUAUCAGUAAUGUAAAAGUCUUCGUGAAAUGCGGCAUUUUCUGUAGAGGCACCGCUUAUCCUAUCUCAAAGUGGCAUGUGCACACUCAGUUCAGAGUGACGUGUGUGCUCUGUGCUUUCUAUGGAAAUGGAACCUGGACCACUAGAAAAACGCGGGUUUUGAUCAGGUCCCAAUAUGCGAUGUGGUCAGACUCGAAUGUUUUGUCCCAUAACCACUGAACUCCACACUGGGGCUGUAGCACUCUCACCCUUGAGUUGGGAAUUCUGGAAGGAAUGUAUUUGCUCCCAUUUAUAUGCUUUUAAACUUGCUUUCUGCCUUCUUCAUGUCCCCCACUGUUCUCACUCCCCCAGUUGUGUACACUCCAGUUUGUGGUGGCUGUUUUUAAAUUAAUCAUUUACUGUGUGCUUAUUGGGAAAAAAAAGGUUGACCUGGUUCUGCUGGAGACUGUGCUGUAUUAUCAGUCAAUGAUGGGGGAGCCCUAACCUUCUGUGGCACAGCCCAAACAGUGGCAACCGGUUUAUAGCAUUUGCAAAAAAAGCUCUGAUGCGAAGAAGCUUAUACAUAUACACACACACUCGAGGCCAAGAGUACAGAAAAGUUAUCCAUCCAAAGUAAAUCUAUUGCUAGCUGCCAGUAUUAAACCUGGGUGGAGCACUGUUAUGUAUAAAAAGACAGUAUCUAAUGAACACAUGGAAUCUGGUUUCAACUCUGCUUUUGGUUACUUGCCUGUGAAAAAUAAAGCCCUGAAUACCUGGGAUUAAUUUGG